AUGUCGAUGUCAUCGACAAUCGUCUCGGCACGCGCAACACCAACAUCAUCACCAAAAGUCAAGAUGUCCUCUCGUCCAAAGUCAGCCAUUGCUGCAAGAGUCCUAGGCGCAACCCGCGCCGCCUUAGGCUCUCACAACGACAACCUUCCCGAGUCGCCCACAUCCAUGCUCCCCAUGCCCGACCGGCCCAAAAUAAAGGUCAAGGCGCCCACGACUCCCGAGGCUCGCCCGCGAGUCCUCGUCAAGCCCAAGGCGGGGCCGGGGUUCGGAUCAUCCAACGGCCGCCCAACCCCCUUCCCCAUUGACACCAAGGACGUGUGGACAAACGAGGCCAACCACACCGCCUACGUGCUCGAGAACCUGGAACCUACCCCGAGUCUCGCAAAAAGCGAGCGUGUCCUUGUCUCGAUCCGCGUGCGGCCACCAUCAGAGUCGGAGCUGCGGGUAGGCUCCCAGAAUGCCUGGGUCACCCCCGCGUACGACCUGCGCAUGAUCAAGCCCGCUGUUGUGCGAGACGGCACACGCGACAAGAAGGAGUGGUUCUUUGACCGCAUUAUCGAUCCUGAAACCGAUAACGCGCGCACGUACGCUACGUCGGCCCGAGCGCACGUCCUCUCGGCGAUGGAGGGUUACAACGCUGUCAUCUUCGCAUAUGGCCAGACGGCCUCGGGAAAGACAUUCACUCUGACUGGUGCACCGCAGAGCCCCGGCAUCAUCCCACUCGCCAUCGCAGACUUGUUCCAGCAGAUCCGCGCGUCGCCAGACCGCGAGUUCCUCCUCCGCGCGUCGUACCUCGAGCUGUACAACGAGACCAUCAUAGACCUUCUUUCGCCCGACGGCCGCGAACUCACCCUCAGCGAGGGCCGGCGCAAGGGCGAGGUGGUCAUCAACGGGCUCACAGAGUGCGGCGUGCGUACCGAGGACGAAGUGCGUAGACUUUUGCGAAUGGGUGAGGAACGUCGCAAGGUCGGCGGCACGGACUGGAACGCGCGUUCCUCCCGCUCCCACUGUGUUUUCCGGAUGACAAUCGAGUCGCGCACGGCCGCCGACGGAACUAGAACACCAGGCCGCGACAAGGCGACGCGCAUUAGCACGCUGUCGAUCAUUGAUUUGGCGGGUUCGGAGAAGCACACGAGCUCGAAGGAACGCAAUGUCGAGGGACGGCAUAUCAACCAGUCCCUCCUCACCCUCAAGCUCGUCAUCUCCAAGCUUGCAGACAUGGCGUCGAACCGCGAUGUCAAGCACGUACCUUACCGCGACAGCAAGCUCACACGUCUGCUCCAGCCCUCACUCUCGGGUGACGCGCUCAUCUCGGUCAUUUGCACCAUCUCGCCGGCCGUCAUCAACAUGCCUGAGUCGAACUCGACCCUCAGCUUUGCUCAGGGCCUCAAGCGUGUCAUGCUCUCAGCUCAGCGCAAGGAGGUCGUCGACCCGGAGGCCCUCAUUCAGCAGUACCAGAACGAGAUUGCCGACCUCAAGGCCCAGCUGCGGGAGAAAGAGUUUGAUAACCCCUCGAUGUCGAGCAAGAGCGAUAGGGUGAAGAGCCAGGAAAUGGAAUCGCGUCUCAAUGAGCUCAAGAGUCUCAUCCUCACCUCGUCCUCGGUCGGCACUUUAGCGGUCCCAGGCACACCAGCUGCACGACCUUUAAGCCCCAACAAGCUGAAAUACCACGUCGAUAUGGUCCGGCCCGAGGCGCUCCUCCGCGAGCAGCUGCACGAGGUGGAGAUGAAGGCUCAGGAGCAAGCAGAGGAGAUUGAGCUCCUCAAGGCUGCUCUUGACGCCCGUCCCAAGGAGCCCAACGCCAAGAUCCUCGAGCUGCAAGACGAGGUUAGCCAGCUGCGCAUGAUUGCAGCCGACUACGAACGCCAUCUGCGCGAGCCGUCACGCAAGGUCAAGCAGGACGUGGAACGCGAGUGGGCAGACAAGCACAAGCGGCUCGAGGAGAAGAUGCGCGUCAAGUCGGCCUACGCGUUGCGUCUCGACGAGAACUGCCGUCUACUCUCCGAGGAGAAUAAGAUGCUCGCGGCGCGGUGCAAUGACGCCGAGACCAAACUCCAGGCAGUUAUUCAGUGGAUCUCGGCCACGCUCGAGUCGGAGGAGGAGGGCGAGUACGAUGAGGUGCCGACGUUAACUUCUGUCCCGUUCCCCAACGGGGCACGAGAGUCCCUCGAUGCCGACUUUGGCCCCAAGGUCUCGCGCCUUGGCAAGCUCAGCAUGAGCAUGCGCGGCAGCAACCGCGACCUUCAGAACGAGUUCUCAAAGUUCCGCGGCUCGCUCGGCGGUGUGGGAUCGCUCGGUCCUGCCCCGCCACGAGGCGGCGGUCUGUUCCGCGACGACAGCGUGCCGACUCUCUUAGCACCGGUCACCGAUGAUGACGAUGUGUUCUAA